AUGUCAUCAAUAGGUCCUCAGCUUCCACCUCAUCUACAGCUCGUCAACUCCUCAGAGCAAGAAAAUACCGUCGCUGGUCCUCAUAUUCCCUCACAACUGUUGACAACCGCUCCUGACGAGGAAGGCGAAGAUGAGGAUGAUUACACACCAGCUCUACCACCAGAUUUAGCUUCAACUUCAAAACCCAGUCCUGACCCUGCAAGAUCUUCGACUACCAAAAAGAUAUUAGGACCAGCACUUCCACAACACGGUUCACAUUCCGACGACGACUCGGACGACGAUGUUGGUCCCAUGCCUCUUCCUGCCGGAUACGAAAAUCCAGCGGAUGUAGACGGGGUGAAGCAGUUCCUCGAACAGGAAGAAAAGCGACGCAAAAAUAUCGAGGAAGCAGCCAAACCAAAAGCCCUAAAACGAGACGAAUGGAUGCUCAAACCACCCUCCUCUUCCGAACUACUAAGCACACUCGAUCCAAGUAAACUAACCAAAGGUCGUCAAUUCUCCCGUUCUACAGCACCAGCCAAGACCACGGACAACUCUCUAUGGACUGAAACACCUGCAGAGCGGCAACACCGGUUAGCUGACGAGGUGUCUGGGAAAAAACGGAAAGCUGCUAAUUCAGUGGACCAACUUUCGCCGGAGGAGGUUAUGGAAAUUAGUAAACGUCGUCGGAGGGAUGAGGAAAUUAGGCAGAGUGUUUUGGAUCAUACGAAUAAAGUACGUGGAGGGGCACUCGUUAAUACCCAUGUAAAGUCCAUCAAGGACGAUCAAGAGGACGAUAAGGAUAAAGCAAUAUGGGAUCAUAGUAGAGAUAUGGCUCUCGGUGGACGUCUCAUGGACGAUAACUCGAGAGACAAAAUGAUUCGCGACGCGAGAGGGCUAGGGGAUCGGUUUUCGACGGGCAAGAGGGGAGGCUUUCUUUGA